UAUGUCUCAAUAUGGGUGGGUCUUAAACCUGUAAUCACAGUGAACCACUGUAUUGAACACGUGGCAUUGACAAGUAUUUACCCACCUUGGCUGCCUUUAAAAUUACAAUUGGCAUAUUUCCAACAAAGUUCUGGCAAGUACAAAGGCAUCCCUGAGCUCAUUGGUUCGUUUGGUUUUGCGCACGUUGACGCGACAUUCACCUGAAUGAAACAGAGUGUAGACAUAUCAUACUGAGACAAUUAUAGAUUAAACUGAAAAACCGCACUAACAGCGAUUGAAUUAACUCCGGACAUAUGAGAGCGAAAAAUACAUUUAGGAAUCCUACUGCGAGCGGUUGCGGGGCUCUUACGGACAGGGCUCUGAAGAAUUGUUGGGGACGUUUUGGGAAAAUAGUUAUUCUGGAAUUGAAGUGGGAGCCGUGGGUGACCAACAAUCCACUCCCCUGUCUUCCCCUUAAGCGCGGACACGGCUUGCUCAGUGAUAUGAUUCGAGACUGGAUAGGAUAGGUGACCUGCCCCAGAAACGGAUACCUUGGACUGACCGAGAAACCCCUAUUUUUGAGGGAUACCGGAACCAUAGUUUGGCUCGUGACAGCGGCACAGUGGAGCGAGACGCAAGACUGGAAAGCGUGGGGAGCGGGACUGCGUUGGUGCAGACACCGGUGCUGUUUGGGGACAGUAUGGCUACAGGCAAAGGCACAGAGAAGGCGUCGUUGUUACACAGCGAGCGAUUUCGACUUCUUGUUUAUUUUAUAGGGGUCUUUAUUUGUUAUUUCUACUAUGGAAUUUUACAGGAGACUAUUACGAGAGGCGUCUACCGACUGGGCGACAAGGAGGAGAAAUUCUCGUAUGCCACAACCCUUGUCUGCAUUCAGUGCAUCACCAACGUCUUCUUUGCCAAGAUCUUGAUCCAGUUCUUUGACCAUUCCAAGUCUGAUCACACCACAAGCUGGCUCUAUGGUGUAUGUUCUCUCUCCUACUUGGGAGCCAUGGUGUCCAGCACCUCUGCUCUGCAAUACGUCAACUAUCCAACCCAGGUGCUGGGGAAAUCCUGUAAGCCCAUCCCAGUGAUGCUCCUGGGGGUGACCAUCCUGAGGAAGAAGUACCCGCUGUCCAAGUACCUGUGCGUGCUGCUGAUCGUGAGCGGGGUGGCUCUCUUCAUGUACAAACCCGAGAAGGCCUCUGGUGACGAGCGGCUCUUUGGCUUCGGGGAAAUGCUGCUACUGCUCUCUCUGACCCUGGACGGGCUAACAGGUGUGUCUCAAGACUACAUGCGGGCACACUAUCAGACCAACCCCAACCACAUGAUGCUCAACGUUAACCUGUGGUCCUCCUUGGUGCUGGGAAUCGGAGCUGUGUGGACCGGAGAGGUGUGGGAGUUCCUCAGCUUCACUGACCGCCAUCCCGCCAUCUUCUACAACAUCUUACUGUUCGGUCUCACCAGUGCCUUGGGCCAGUCUUUCAUCUUUAUGACAGUGGUGUACUUUGGACCUCUUACAUGCUCCAUCAUGACGACCACACGCAAGUUCUUCACCAUUCUUGGCUCUGUGAUCCUCUUCGGAAAUAACAUGAGGAGCUUGCAGUGGGUCGGCACUGUCCUGGUAUUCAUGGGUCUGGGACUGGACGCAAGAUUUGGGAAGCUGACUAAAAAAACGACGCACUAGAACCGGGGUCAUGUCACUACACUUGGCUGGGCAACAGAGUGGACUCCUGUCUGUCUGUCUCGAUGAGAUUCCCCGACUCAAGUCUGCUCAAACAGCCAACCAUCUCCUGCUUUAUUUUUCCUCUAUAGUCAAUCUAGGUUCCUGGUGCUCAGAUGGCUUAAAGUGCUAGUUUAUAGAACCUUUCUCUGCUCCAAACUAAAUUGUAUGCAUUAUACUUUUAUUCCUUUGGAAAAAUCAUGUGCCCUACAUUGAACUGUUAUUCAGCAAAAAAUAAUGGGAGCAGAGAGAGGCAAAUUGCCUUUGUCUCAUACAGCAGUUAUGAAUAAGAAUCGGCACAAUGCUAUAUUACAUUCCAGUUCCAACUGCUACUUAUGUCCUUUAUAAUCGCCAAGGUGAAAUCAGGAACUGAGAAUUACAGAAACAAUCUCAAUGGAAGAUGGAAAACGAAACAAAUUUCUAACACUAAGGUUAUGUACAGUAAAUAUAUUGUACACACGGCUAGUUGUAGGCCCAAUGGCCCACUACUGUCCGCAUUCAUGUUCGUACAUACCUCCAUGCAAAUUCGGAGAGGUCAUAAGUCACCUAUUUACACAAGGAAUAACUGAUUUUUUUUGUGUACUAUAAUAUCAGCUCUUGUGUCUUAUGGUAGAACAAUAUCUGCUGUAUGACAGAUCACGUGUCCUGAUCAGUUAUGACCUGUGCCCUUGGCAGUGAGCAUUGUAAAUCUGUAAUCAGAGUGUGAGCAAAUGUUUUAUGCAGUCUUUGCAUAAACUUACUCCAUUACCUGUAUCCAGGAAAUCAGUUGGUCCACUUCAAGUCUCUGUCACCUCAAUCACAAUGACAAAAUGAAUGAGAACUACAGGGGAAAAUGAAGAAUUAAAGAAGAACAUGGUUGUCUCUCCUAUAUGUUUUAAUUUUAAUGUUUUAAUUUUUGAUAGAAUUAAUAUGGGUGCUGAAAUAUGGACGGUGGUGCAGUGGAUGGCACUGUUGCCUCACAGCAAGAAGGUCCUGGGUUCAAAUCCCGGCCUGGGCCUUUUUCUGUGGGGUUUGCAUGUUCUCCCCGUACCUGUGUGCAUAGUCAACUGACCCUAUAUAAAGGUUAAUAAAAAAUGUCAUAAAUAUUAGAAGGAGAUUAGGGAAGUAAGCAUAUUUUAGUUAAGUGGUUUUUUUAAAUAUUUAGAAUCAUGACCAUAAUUUUUCUUUGUCAUUUUAAACUGUGGCCAAAAUAUGAAUACAAUGGAACUUUACAGUCUUAAUGCUGACGCUUUAGUGUUUACUGUAGAUAUUUUUUCAGCCUUAGAUAUUCAGAAGUGAUGUGUGGCUUAAAGAAGUAAGGAAGGGAGGAAUGAAACUGGAACUGGUUUGAAAGUAUAGAAUCGGCAUGGAUAUACAGGUGGCUGCAGUACAGACUUGGCAGAGCAUCACCAGGUAAGACUCUCAGUCUCUGGGGUUGUCUGUGGGUCACAGACUUAAGGCAGUCAUCAAGGCAAAAGAUUUGCAAAAAGACUUUAUGUUCAUUUGUCCAAUUAUUUUUGAUCCUCUAAAAUGGGGGAACUAUGUAUAAAGGGCUGUAACCUCAGUGAGGUUCCUAUAUUGAUCAUCUGAAAUUGAUUCAAAUACCAUCAAAUUUUGAAUCCAGUGUGGUGGAGUACAGAGCCAAAACUACAGUACUGUAACUUGAAGUACUUAUGAACUCCACUGUAUGCUUGUGGCAAAAAAAUAAUAUAGUCUAUUUAUGAAGCUGAGAAUUUUGACGAUCUCUGGAUGAAAGGGGAGGGGGAUUGUUUUCUUUUCUUUUGGGUUGCAUGACGAUCCCUUUCAAGUUUGAGGUAUGGAAUUCUCUGCACUUUGCACAUUAAAGCACAUUUAUGGCAGCUGUUCUUUCACUGUCCAUCUGUUCACGUGCUGCUGUGUGCGGAACGCAAACUGUUUUGGAGCUAAUACCUCCCACAUCGAUACAUCAGAGAGUAAUUAAACAAUACUGCAAUAACUAUUAUUGUUACCACCAGUAAUAGUAGUACACUUAUAAACCCUCCAUGAUAGUGAUAUAUUGUUUAUGUCAUUUUCCUACUUCCUGUUUUUGUCAUCACAUGACAUUGUUCCAGUGAAACUCAGUAUGCUCAUAUGAUUGGCACAAUAUUGUCCAUAUGCUGUAUGUACAAUAAAUGUUUUAUACUGUGAUUUUACAGAAUGAGUGAACCCAGAUAAAGUGCAAGGAGUGGGCUGAAUAUUUUCUGUAUAGCCUGUCCCAUAAUAAAACUGCAAAUUAAGAGCAUGUUAUUUCA